GUCCCGCGGAGUCAAAGAGAGAGUGGACCAACGAUGAUGACGCUAUUAGGUCUCGUCCCACGCCUAUCUCACUCCGGCUUCGAUGCCGCAAACGAACUCGCGGUCGUACCAGUUACUCCGCGCCUUUCGAGUGGUUCGUCCAAUGACGUAAAAUUGGUUCUUACUUUGAAAUUUUUCGAAUAUCUUCAAUUUGAAGCAGAACACUUCGAUCCGUUGAUCAUUGAUACUUGGAAUUAGCAAAUAAAAUUUCUAUUCUCGCGAUUAAUGGACUAUAAAAGUAAAGAAACGGUUUUUAUUUGCCCGGGGAAUCAUUGACUUUUUGCCGCCAAAUCGUUGCACCACGACUGCAAAAUUAACUUCUACGAUCGUUUUAUUGCUGAUCGGUGUUCGUAACGAGUGUUGAUCGAAGCAUGGCAAAUUAAUUGUCGUCGAAUGGCAGCUUGUUGAUUAACCCUCGAGCUCUCCGUUGGAAAAAACCGCUAUUUCGAGCGUCAGUCGCCGAUGAAACAAGUUGAUGGGGUCCGAAGAAAGAUGAAAAUAUUUCAUGGAAACGCGAAAAUGGAAGAGACGAACGACAUCGCGAAAUCGUGUCUGCGGAUGAGAGCAUCGCGAAACGUUUCACUCAUUCGGGGCUGUUUCGCUCUUACUUUGAUUUUACUUAUCCAAACUCAGUUCGCCGAGGCUAUAACCCGACCGCGAGAAGAGCCAGACUCCAGCAUGGAGGCCAUUGCAUCACGUUAUUGUGAUUUCCUAAGUACAGAAAAAAUAUACAACAUCACGAAUUUGGUGCAGUGUAUGAACGAGCUGGCCUCCGCAGCAGUUUCCCGAUCGAGGAUCGGCCGUGCUUCCGAAGAUUAUUUCUUCCCCAACCCUAAAAAAAGUCCAGCUUAUUUAUCAACAGAUUAUCAAUACCCACGAAGACAGACAAAUGACUUCCAAAGCUACUACGAGCGAAGGCCUUCUCGGGUAUUUCCAGAUUCAGCUUCGUACCAAUCAGGCCAAUCAGGAUAUUACGAUGGAGGAUCAAAAUACUCGUCCGGAGUCGAUCAACCUAACCGUUUACCCGGAGGUGUAGGUGCAAGACUUUUCGAAGCUUUAGCUUCGAUUUCUCAGUACGAUGAUCUCAAAUGUGUGUCUCGAAUUCUGUGCGAAGUGGCUACGGGCGUUGUACCAGGUAAUGCGGGCUACAGACAAGGUUACGAUGGAGGCAACUCGUUGAUCAGUCUAUUAACCACUCUCGAAACUGGCGAAACUUCGCCGCUGUUGAGUUUCGGAAAAUCAGCUUUGAUGGGCUACGCCAAUCGAGGAAAUCCGAAUAUCUGUUACCGCCAAUAUCCAAAGUGCCCGAGGAGCAGCGCCGAACUAAUUGAUUAUUUAAACAACCACAACGGCGGAUUUUUCCGAUUUUUUGGCAACGUUCGUGGCUCGGGUUAUCAAGGGAGUUACUAUCGGGGCAAUCUUAGGCGACAACCAGCGCCACCCCCAGGAAUUUCUGGACCUGAAUCUGACCGCACUGGUACUGGAGAACUUAAGUUCGAUAGCUUAGCUGGAUCACUCAGCCGAGACUAUAUGAAAAAUUUAUUUUCCGUUAAAAAAGAGUACAACGAAUCUGACAAGAUCACUUUUCCUCAAGAGCCACUUCGAGGAGAACAGUCCCUGAAUCGGGUUUCUAAAUCCCUGAUGCCUUUUUCCGACACUGCAAAUGAUUAUCAGAAUUCUCCAUUCUUUCCUCAGGACAGGAACGAUCCAGAGUCAAAUCUGUUGUAUUCGUUGAAUCCUUCGAUGCAGAUUCAAAAUAGGCAGUUUCCACAAGCAACGGGAUCACGAAAAGGCAGAUUAUAUCUUCCCGAAGAUCCUAUCAAUGAGACGAUAUCAACGUACACAUUCCCGGACGGCCAAAAAGUCCAGAUAAACGUGGCAUUUUCGAAACUCUUUUCCGAAAAUUACAGCAAAGCUUUGAGACGGAGUUUCGCCAACGAUCAUGGUCCAGAACCGGUCAACUUCGAGAGCUUCAGCAUGAUCAACCUCGCAGAACUUUUUCCGAACGAUAGGGCCAGACUGGAUCUCCAAGUUGUUCAUCCUUGCGACAUGGUUUGCCAUGAUUCCAAAGGCACCCCUGUGCAGUUCAGUCAAAUUCUUCUGCACUCUCGGAAGCUCAGUACCCUUAUGACACCUGAUCAACCGACCAUCGAUUUGUCAGAGACCGUACCAUGCGAAAUAAUAUGCAUUGAUCGCACGGGUGAAAAAAGACAGCUCUCAACGACUUUGAAUCAGGUUUUAAGAAUCGAUGACGAACAACAACCAGGUCUCGAUGUCACAGGAUUCCAAGGUUCACAAUUUUGACUUGUUAAGGCGAUCAAUGACACUGUCAAAAUUAAGGACAUUCAUAUUUCUUCUUCUUCAGUUCAUCCGUCAUACUUCGGAAUUUAUUUCCAUUGUGAGAGGUGUAAUGGGAUUAUGUAUGUUUCGGUAUUACAUGUAUGACGAUAGGUCACGAUACCUAUUUGUUAAAAUUCUGC